GGCGCCCUGUAGAGUGAUGCAAAAUGGCGGACUUAACGUCAAUAUUUUCCGAUGUUCUCAACAUACUGUCAAAUGUUUUUUCAUUUGGCAUUGAAAACAAAGGAAUAUCGAUUAUGAUAAUCAGUUCCUUGGUGAUUGGUAUCACUGUCAUUUUGAAUAUAUUAAAUGUUAUGGAAAAAAAUAAACAAAAAGAAAAAGCAGCAGCAGCUGCCAUGCCAAAACCAAGAUUUAGAAAAAGAGACAAAGUUUUAUUCUAUGGAAGAAAAAUGCUAAGAAAGGUGAAGUCAUUUUCGGGGCCGGUGCAUUAUGGUGAUUUGUCUGCACGUAAUAGACUAAAAAAGAAAAGAGAUAUAAUCAAUCUAGCCAGGGGUCUAAAGAGUAUACUCAAGCUGCAGGAGAGUGAGAACCACCCUGUCUUGCAGGUCAAGGAACCACCACCGGCCAUCCUGGAGGCUGACUGGCAAGAUAUGCAACUACCACCAGAACUACACAUACCUAAUGAGGUACUCUACAUGCUCAAAAGUGUAAGGGUAUUUGGUCAUUUUGAAAAACCUCUUUUCCUGGAGUUAUGCCGUUCCGUUGAAUCCAAGUUCGUUCCUGCAGGAGCAUCCUUAUUCCGGAGAGGUCAGAGUGAUGACAGUAUCUACGUGGUGCAGAGCGGACGACUGAAAGUUUACAUUACAGAACCAAGCGGUGAAGAGUUUGAAGUGAAACAGGUUACGACAGGAGAUAGCGUUCACAGCUUGCUUAGUAUAUUGGAUGUUCUCACAGGUCAUCUUGCUCCUUACAAAACUGUAUCAGCGAGAGCUGCAGAAGAUACCGUUGUCCUUCGCCUACCCGCCACAGCAUUCACCAACGUCUUCCAGCGAUUUCCCGAGUCUAUGGUUCGAGUUGUUCAGAUGAUCAUGGUUCGUCUUCAGAGGGUCACAUUUCAGACACUUCACAACUACUUAGGCUUAACUCAUGAGCUUAUUAAUAAGGAAGAUACAAGUGAUAAAAGCCUAUCCAUACAUCAGCUGUCACCGAGAGUUAGCCCCAGUAAGAGAGUCAGUAACAUAUCAUUGGCCACCUCCUCCAGUAGCAGCGAAAAGGUUACACGGAUUAUUGAUUACCAUGAUGAAGAGAAAAUCAAAGAGCUACUUAUAAAGGGUGGAGAUAAGUAUCAAAGCACAACGUCAGACAGUGAAAAUGAACUGCGAGGGAGAACAUCAUCAUAUGGUAGCCACCCUCAUAAGUUGGUAAGAAGAGUAACCUCUUUUGAUCUGGAUGGUCAUGGCCGAAUGAGUAUGAGUCCGUCUGACUUUGAGGCAGCAGCUGGUAGAGCUAGGGUAUUAAACCUGGAAGAUGUACCAAAGGACCCAGAGGUGAAACCUCUAGAGAAACCCAAGAAGCUAGUUACUCAGACCAGCGAGGAAGCAGCGCCCUCAAGUGCAAGAUCUCGUAAGAAGUCUGGGGAGAAUUCGUAUUCUGAUGAUGAAGUAUUGGCAAUGGCACAGACUGAUCUCACCAAGUUGUUUGGUUUUGAGGAUGAAUCUUACCUUGAUGGACACCUGCAAUUAGCUCAUGUUGAUGCUGGUAGCUGUUUGACUCAAGAAGGAGACCAGGAUGCCAGCUUAUUCUUUAUUGUUAGCGGUAAACUUGGGAUGAUGCAAAAGAUAGUGAACAGCACAGAGGAGAGAGGUGUAUUUAAGGUGAAUCCGGGUGAAUUUAUAGGUGAAUUGGCAGUGCUGACGGGAGAACCAGCCUUCUUUACAGUCAAAGCUUUGGUUUAUUCUAGAGUGAUAGUAAUUAGCAAGACCAGUUUUUACAGUAUUAUGAGAGUCAAACCUGAGGUUGUAUUAAAAAUUGGACACUUCGUAGUUCGCAAGCUCUCCUCUUUCAUUCGUCAGACUGACUUUGCUCUUGAUUGGAUGAUGAUCGAAGCUGGUAAAGCACUCUACAGACAAAACAAUGAAGGUGACAGUACAUACAUUGUAUUAAAUGGACGGUUGAGGUCAGUUAUUACGCUACCUAAUGGUAAAAAGGAACUACUAGGGGAGUUUGGUCGAGGUGAGAUGGUUGGUGUCAUUGAGGUCUUAACACAGAAGGAAAGAAUCACUACAGUACAUGCUAUCAGGGAUACAGAGUUAGCCAUGUUGCCAUCAGGAAUGCUGACACUUAUUAAGAGGAAGUUUCCACAGGUGGUCACCAGACUCAUUGAAAUCCUUGGCCAGAAGCUUGUGGGACAAGUUAAAGAAAAAAAUGUCUCAAAUCCUCUCAGAGCUAUCUCACAGAAUAUGGAUGUUGCUGGCAGCCACCCAAAUGUUGAUAACUUAUCAACAUGUGCAAUAAUAGCUGCUUCGGACAAUGUUCCACUUUCAAACUUCUCCCAAGAACUCACUCACUCUCUCAGUGCAAUAGGUUCAUGCCUUCGCUUGACCAGUGAUUAUAUACUAAAGACACUAGGAGGUUCUGCUCUGGACUCUAUUCAUGAGUUCCGGUUAACAAGUUGGUUGGGGUUACAAGAAGACUUCCAUCGUAUUGUUCUCUACCAAGCAGAUUACAAGAUGACUCCAUGGACACAAAGGUGCAUUCGGCAGGCUGACUGUAUUCUCAUUGUGGCAUUAGCAGACAAAGAUCCAAAGGAAGUGAGUCAGAUGGAAGACCAGUUAGAAAACCUUUCAAUUCGUGCUCAGAAGGAAUUAAUUUUACUCCACCGUGAGAAAGAUUACUGCUACCAGCCACCAACACGGACUGCAGAGUGGCUCAACGCUCGCGGGUGGUGUAUGACCCAUCAUCAUAUCCGCUGCCCACGCCGAAUGUUCUCCAAGAAAUCCCCAGCAAAGCUCAGAGAGACUUAUGAGAAGCUGUUUCAAAAUCCUCCCGACCGCCAUUCAGAUUUUUCACGGCUGGCAAGGUUCUUAACUGGUACUUCAAUUGGAUUAGUCCUUGGUGGUGGUGGAGCAAGGGGCGCAUCUCAAAUCGGUAUCAUACGUGGUUUACAAGAAUAUGGAAUUCCAAUUGAUAUGGUUGGCGGAGUUAGUAUCGGUGCUUUCAACGGUGCUUUGUACUGUGAGGAUCUGAGUUGGCAGAAGAUGGAAGCUAGAGCGAAAAAUUGGUCGUAUGUCAUGACAUCGUUUUGGCAGAAGCUGGCAGAUCUUACCUAUCCUUUCACAGCCAUGUUUUCAGGGCGAGGAUUCAACAGGACCAUUAAAGAUGUGUUUGGAGAGAAGCAGAUUGAAGACUUGUGGAUUCCAUAUUUCACUAUUACUACUGACAUCAGUGUGUCACAGAUGAGAAUUCAUACCUCAGGCUCGCUUUGGCGCUAUGUCCGAGCCAGCAUGUCUGUCGCAGUGUACCUCCCGCCACUGUGUGACCCUCGUGACGGCCACCUGUUGGUGGACGGUGCAUAUUGUAAUAAUCUGCCAGCUGACAUCAUGAAGGCGAUGGGGGCGCAGACCGUGAUAGCAGUAGAUGUUGGUAGCGUAGAUGAGACCAAUCUGACUAACUAUGGUGAUGAACUGUCAGGCUGGUGGUUGCUUUGGAAACGUUGGAACCCAUGGGCUGAAACAGUGAAGGUUCCUGAUAUGAGUGACAUCCAGAGCAGGCUGGCAUAUGUGUCGUGUAUGAAACAGAAAGAAGAACUCAUGAAGAAUGACAUGUGUGAAUAUAUUAGACCUCCAAUAGAUAGAUUCAAGACACUGUCUUUCAACCGUUUUGAAGAGAUCAGAGACGUUGGUUAUGAGCACGCUCAGACUGUGUUCUCUGGCUGGGUAAAGAGUGGUUUCCUCACUGAGCUCGCCAAAGAAGUAACGGAGAAGCAAGUUACUAGCACCUCAAAGACACCGAUAAAACAGAAACAGAUACCAACUCAAUUCACCGACCUUGCCGCUAUGAUCUCCCGUUUGGAACCGGUGCCAGCAAGACGAGUCAGCUUUGAACUCCCAACACCAGAACCAGAGGCUGAGAUGGAACGACAAGAUAUGCCAAUUACUGUUUCUAUGCCAACAGUGGAUGAAAUCAGUUUUUCAGAAAGUGACGAAAUGCCGGAUCUUGAUGACUCCGAAUCAGACACAAACGUAUCCAAUUUUCCACACAACAAACUCAACUUGACGCCCACAUCUAGUGAUUGAUCCCAGGCUCCCUUUGAACUGUUGACCUAUGAACUACUACUAUGCACCCCUGUGUUUCACAUGAUUGGUCAAAAGCUACACAGUCAGCCCUUUGAAUAUUGUGGCUGUUCAAGCUUUAUAAUGUUUGUAAACACUUGCAGAAAUACUAACAUCAUAAUAAAUAUCAGCCUAUAUAAUUAUUAAGUUUUCAUGGUAGUUAUGUAAACUUCCUAAUUUCUAGGAUUUCUUGAUUUUAUUACUGUUGUUAUUGAUAUUAUAAUCAUUGUUGUUAUGACUAUCAUUUUCAUCAUCAUCGUCACUGUUACUAACAUCUUUAUUUAUUUUAGUGUUAUACAGAACAGUGUAAUGAAUAAGUUUUAUACAAUUUUUCUAAUACUUCUGCAAGUAAAGAGUAUUAUUAGCAUAGGGUUACUUCAGGUACACAGUGUUGCUACAGUGGCCAUUUACUUGUAAGUGACAUUUGCUGUUUCUGCUGUACAUCAUACCAAGGUAAGGGAUAGUAAUUUUUGGUAACAAUUAUCUUAUGAAGACAAGUCUCUAUCCCUUACUAAUAUGCCUUAACCCAAAGAUCAAAGCAACUUAAAUGUAUUGUGUAUUAUUACUUAUAUUUUUUUUUAUUGUUAUACAGUAUUAUUAUUAUUUAUUAUUAGUAUUUUUUUUACUAUUUUUAUAGAUAUAUUAUUACAAUGAAACAACUAAAGACACUUAAUAUUUCAGGGCUUAUUUUUGUGUACAGAGUAACGGCAUUGAGUAGUAUAGUAACUCUACUCAGGAGAAAUUGCUCCAAAUAUUGCAUUAUCAAAAUUGUUGGUUAGAAAACCUCAAUCCACUUUUGAGAACUCUCAUAGGUUCAUUUUUUUUUUUUUUUUUUUUUUUUUUUAAUGUACAUAUCAAAAAUGUUUAUAUCAUCCCAGUUUUGCCUGCCAAUUACCUAUACAAAUGUCUUUAAUCUCAGGGAGAUUUUUGCCAGUUUGUCCAAAUGCACAAAACUGCCGUUUCAACCAUACACUACUCAGACACAGUUUAAUACAAACAGCUACCAAUUAUAACUGUUAAUGAAUGUUUUUCUUUCGUAACUGUUUAUUUUCCACGUAACUUUAACUUGACAAAAGAAAUGUUAUAUUUUCCGAUUUAUAUGCUGAUCAAUGCAAUUAUAAUUAAUAUGUAUGUAUGUACAUAUUUAGAUGAUUUUGUUUUACUAGUGUGAUGCUACAAAUGUUGUUAGCAUCAAAGACUUAGCAUGCAUUUGUAGAGAACAUAACAUGUCUCUUAGCUGUUAUCGUCUUCUACUUCUCUGUAAACGAGAAUAUAUUAUAGUUGUGUCUUAUAGAAUGUAAGUUACUUUAGUUUGAAUUAUUUUAACUUUAAUUUUGCUGAAUAUAUUUUGUUAUAUAUGCAAAUAAAUGUAAUGGGGUAGAUGGCCUACAGUAACUUGCUUCUCCCCAAAGGGCCUCUUUGUGUCUGAGCUACUCCAGUCUGUCUGCAGCAAGGGCUGUAUGGACCAGUAAACUGGGGUAACCCCUACUCAUCUCAAAAGAUGUACUGGGGUAUUUAAAGUGCACGUUAACCAAAUUUUGUAUACUGGGCCUACUGUAUAAUAGUCUUUAUUCAAGAAAACUUGUUGCUUGAAAGAUCUUUGUUUUUUAUCACAGUUGAGCCCUCAUAAUGUGCGAAUAGGAAUUCAUAAUUUUCUUUCCCUCAAGCUGAUGUGUCCAUUGAAAUUUUUCAUUUUUUAAUGUUUUUAGUACCAACAAACUUUGAUUGCAGUGCUAUACAAAUUGAUACAUUGACUGGUUGUGUUUUGAUGUGUAGGAUUAUUAAUAUUAAUCAUUAUUAUCAAUAAUUCAACAAUUUUUAUUAAAUUUUGUUAAUUAUUUUGUUUUAAUUAUGCUGUGUUCCAUAAUGUAAGUAAUGUCAUGUCCUGCUGUUCUGUAUUUAAGAAAUGUUUUUAAAACUGAAAUAUUUAUGUCCAGUUCUUGUUAAAUGCUUAAUAUGUUUGAACAAACUAUAUCGUAAUAACUUUAAUUUACAUCAAAUAAAUACAAAACAGCAUAAAUCCAUAUCUAUUAUUAAGUAUUAAAAACAUUGUGCUAUAGCCCUACUACAAUAAUCUCCAUUAUGAAAUGAAUAUUCUAUUCAUUGUCUAAAUAUAAUUCUCAUUUAAUGUGUACUGUAUAUGAUUUCUGUUCAUCCUAGUAUUCUAUAACAAAAUUAAGUGCCAUAAAAGUAAAAAAAUUUUUUUAUGUUUUUGAGUGUACAGUUAGUUAAUGAAAUCUUCCUGUCCUCCAAAAAAAAAUAGAUUUAUUUUAAUUAUUAAGUAUUUUAAGUAUUCCAUUUUUAAUUGUAUUUACCUUGACACACAAACCUGAAAUGAAUGACUUAAUUGGUCGUGUGACCUUGUCAUUUCUCCAUGUACAUAAUUAGGUUGAAAUAUAUUAUUUGAUUAUACUCUAUCCAUACAGUAUAAUGCUAAUAUUGGAGAAGAAAAUAACUCUGACCUAGGUUCCAGUUAUCUAUCAAAAUUGGGUUUUUAAAGUCUAAUAAAUGAAAUAUAUCUACAGAAACAUAUUGAAGCUAAAGGUAUAGUAAUGAUUUUAGUGAAAAUAUUGUUACAGAAACAUAUUGGAAGUUAAGUAUAGUGAAGGGUCUUCAACAGUUGUCAACUAGUGAAAAUGAGAAUGCAUGUGUAGCAAAAUCAAGAAUUAUCUUGAGAGGUGUAACACUAACAAUAACAGGUUUAUAAUGUAAAGUUGAAUCUAUCAGAAUAAAGAAAGCACAGUACAGAA